CGGAGAAAGCGAGGUCCGGCGGCACAGAGCGCUGAGUUCUGCACCUCAUCGAGCUCAGAAAGUUCAAGAAAGAAUCCAUUCCUACAUAUGGUCAUGUGGUUCUAUAAAACAAUGUCCCGUCAUGUGCUAUGUUGGUGACGUCACAGGAAGCAAAGAAGUCAGUGUUAGAAGAUAGCAAACGUACAGGAGGUCAUAAACCAUAUUUGAGAAGUACUUCCAUCCAGUGCUACUUGUGUUUACUUCUGAACAGUCAUUUUUUAACUGAGGCUGGCAUUCAUGUCUUCAUUUUAGGUUGUAUCAGUGCAGGUCUUCCUAAAACAGAAGCAAACUGGCAGCAUGUAAUAAGUGAUUUGAAAAGAAUUGAAGAUCUUAUUCAAUCUAUACACAUGGAUGCCACUUUAUAUACUGAAAGCAAUGCUCAUCCCAGUUGCAAAGUAACAGCGAUGAAAUGCUUUCUCCUGGAGUUACAUGUCAUUAUGCAUGAGUCCAGAAAUUCAGACAUUAACGAUACGGUAGAAAACCUUAUCAUCCUAGCAAACAGCAGUUUAUCUUCCACUGAGUAUAAAACUGAAUCGGGAUGCAAAGAAUGUGAGGAGCUGGAGGAAAAAAGUAUUAAAGAAUUUUUGAAGAGUUUUGUACAUAUUGUGCAAAUGUUCAUCAACCCUUCUUGAUUGCAGCUGAUCCUUUUCAGCAUUUCUAUUAUUAACAAACAGCUCCCCGCUGCUUAGAGGCAACAACGAAACACUCAGCAUUUCAAAUGUGCUGCCAAAAUAAAUUCUUCUGGCAAGAGGAUGAUCGGGAUCUUUGAUCAGAUGAACCCACAGAAAUGAAGGCCGAACAAUGGCAUUGAGUACCAUGGUGUCUAUGAACGGAGGACUUAUUUUAUUCAUUUAUUUUUAAUUUAUUAUUGAGAUUGUACAUAUUUGUAGCAUAAUGUAAAAUGUUGAAUAAAAUUGUGUACAUAUUUUAUCUUUUGAAAUUGCAGUGAUAUUUUAUGUCAUAUGAAAAUAGAGGGUGUUUGGUUCAAGGGUGAUAGUCAAAUUAUUUAACAGCCACUGGGGCUGGGUACCACUGCUGUAGGUAAAGAGGAUGCCCCAACCAAUGUGGGAAUUGACUACCAGCCUUCCUUUACUUCUCCUUUAGGUGUAGCACUUGGAGGGAGAAUUGACUACCAAUGAGAAAGGAGGAACUAGGUGUGAAACCAGUAAUUCCGUUAUUGAUAUAUAAAGCACUUGUUAUGAGAGAGAGAAUUUGCAAGUACCUGGCAUGGAAUGUGCAUCAGUCCAUCUCAGGUGGGGAUGGCAAUAAUAAACCUUCACUGAUAGGUGGAACUGUGUAUCAAAAACUGAUGAUUGCACUGGUGUUUAUAUUUCAUGCUUCCCCAAGUACAGGUAUUUUAUUUUUCCACAUUGUAUUUGCCAUGUUUGUAUAAUAAAAAAA